CGGGACGGCGCGGGCCGGGUUUCGGUGGGGUCGCACCUGUUGCGUAACUCCCCCCCAGUCCCGCUGCGGGGGGCCGGUCCCCGGACACCCCGAGGGAGUGCAGAGAAGCCCAGGCGAGGCCCGCCCGGCUCAGCCGGGAGCACGUGGCCUGCCCGCCUGCGGUGCGGGGCCGGGGGUCUCCCGGGCCGGUGCAGCGGCCCAGGUCCGCAGGGGCCCGCCCCCUGCCAGCUGGCAAUUCGGAAAGAGCAGCCUUCCUCCCCCCAUCGCAGUGCCGGGGCGGGGCGCGGGCUCCUGGAGCGGCUUGGCCGGGGUCUGGGCUCCAGCUGCCGCCCCCUCCCUCGCGACCCGGGCUUCCGGGCUGUGCAGACCCCGGCUGGCGGCCUCCCGGGUGCGCCCCGGGCUCGGCAGCAUGGCCUCAGAGGCUCGGGGUGGGCUGGGGGCCCCCCCACUGCAGUCCACCCGGUCCCUGCCCGGCCCCGCCCCCUGCCUCAAGCACUUCCCGCUGGACCUGCGCACGUCUAUGGAUGGCAAGUGCAAGGAGAUCGCCGAGGAGCUGUUCAGUCGCUCCCUGGCUGAGAGCGAGCUCCGCAGCGCCCCGUACGAGUUCCCGGAGGAGAGCCCCAUCGAGCAGCUGGAGGAGCGGAGGCAGCGCCUGGAGCGGCAGAUCAGCCAGGAUGUCAAGCUGGAGCCAGACAUCCUGCUUCGGGCCAAGCAAGAUUUCCUGAAGACGGACAGCGAAUCGGACCUCCAGCUCUACAAGGAGCAGGCUGAGGGGCAGGGGGACUGGGGCCUGCGGGAGCGCGACGCGGUGCUGGAGCGGGAAUUCCAGCGCGUCUCCAUCUCCGGGGAGGAGAAGUGCGGGGUGCCCUUCACGGACCUGCUGGACGCGGCCAAGAGCGUGGUGCGGGCGCUCUUCAUCCGGGAGAAGUACAUGGCGCUGGCGCUGCAGAGCUUCUGCCCCACCACCCGCCGGCACCUGCAGCAGCUGGCGGAGAAGCCUCUGGAGACGCGGACCUACGAGCCGGGCCCCGACACCCCUGUGUCCGCCGAUGCCCCUGUGCACCCCCCGGCGCUGGAGCAGCACCCGUAUGAGCACUGUGAGCCGAGCACCAUGCCCGGGGACCUGGGCCUGGGCCUGCGCAUGGUGCGGGGUGUGGUGCAUGUCUACACCCGCAGGGAGCCUGAUGAACAUUGCUCAGAGGUGGAGCUGCCGUACCCUGACCUGCAGGAGUUUGUGGCUGACGUCAAUGUGCUGAUGGCCCUGAUUAUCAACGGCCCCAUAAAGUCGUUCUGCUACCGCCGGCUGCAGUACCUCAGCUCCAAGUUCCAGAUGCACGUGCUGCUCAACGAGAUGAAGGAGCUGGCCGCCCAGAAGAAGGUGCCGCACCGAGAUUUCUACAACAUCCGGAAGGUGGACACGCACAUCCACGCCUCGUCCUGCAUGAACCAGAAGCACCUCCUGCGCUUCAUCAAGCGGGCGAUGAAGCGGCACCUGGAGGAGAUCGUGCACGUGGAGCAGGGCCGCGAGCAGACGCUGCGCGAGGUCUUCCAGAGCAUGAACCUCACCGCCUACGACCUGAGCGUGGACACCCUUGACAUGCACGCGGACAGGAACACCUUCCAUCGCUUUGACAAGUUCAAUGCCAAAUACAACCCUAUCGGGGAGUCUGUCCUCCGGGAGAUCUUCAUCAAGACGGACAACAGGGUUUCUGGGAAGUACUUCGCUCACAUCAUCAAGGAGGUGAUGUCGGACCUGGAGGAGAGCAAAUACCAGAACGCGGAGCUGCGGCUCUCCAUCUACGGGCGCUCGAGGGACGAGUGGGACAAGCUGGCACGCUGGGCCGUCACGCACCGCGUGCACUCCCCCAACGUGCGCUGGCUCGUGCAGGUGCCCCGCCUCUUCGACGUGUACCGCACCAAGGGCCAGCUGGCCAACUUCCAGGAGAUGCUGGAGAACAUCUUCCUGCCGCUGUUCGAGGCCACGGUGCACCCCGCCAGCCACCCGGAGCUGCACCUCUUCCUGGAGCACGUGGACGGCUUUGACAGCGUGGACGACGAGUCCAAGCCCGAGAACCACGUGUUCAACCUGGAGAGCCCCCUCCCCGAGGCCUGGGUGGAGGAGGACAACCCGCCCUACGCCUACUACCUGUACUACACCUUCGCCAACAUGGCCACGCUGAACCACCUGCGCAGGCAGAGGGGCUUCCACACGUUCGUGCUGCGGCCGCACUGCGGGGAGGCCGGGCCCAUCCACCACCUGGUGUCGGCCUUCAUGCUGGCCGAGAACAUCUCGCACGGGCUGCUUCUGCGCAAGGCCCCGGUCCUGCAGUACCUGUACUACCUGGCCCAGAUCGGCAUCGCCAUGUCCCCGCUCAGCAACAACAGCCUCUUCCUCAGCUACCACCGCAACCCGCUGCCCGAGUACCUGUCCCGCGGCCUCAUGGUCUCCCUGUCCACCGACGACCCCCUGCAGUUCCACUUCACCAAGGAGCCGCUGAUGGAGGAAUACAGCAUCGCCACCCAGGUGUGGAAGCUCAGCUCCUGCGACAUGUGUGAGCUGGCCCGCAACAGCGUGCUCAUGAGCGGCUUCUCCCACAAGGUGAAGAGCCACUGGCUGGGACCCAACUACACCAAAGAGGGUCCCGAGGGCAACGACAUCCGCCGCACCAACGUGCCGGACAUCCGCGUGGGCUACCGGCACGAGACCCUGUGCCAGGAGCUGGCCCUCAUCACGCAGGCCGUGCAGAGCGAGACGCUGGAGACCAUCCCGGAGGAGCCGGGCCUCACCAUGAGCCCGGGGCCUCAGUGAGCCUGGCCCCGCCGUGCCCGCGUCCCGGCUCCUUGACCACGUUUUGUCCUCGGACCCCCCCCCCCCCACCUGUCGUGGCCUCUGCAUGUGUUCGUGCUCCUCUGUUGUCCUGCACGUCUCCGCCCUCUGUCUGUCUCCGUGCGUCCCCCGGAAGCAGGGCCCAGGAUGCGCUCCGCCCUUUCUCCGCUCAGGUGGCACCCCGGGGCCCAAGUUUGAGGGCUGCCCUGCUGGUGGCCCUGUCCCAAGAUCCCCCGAAGCCCGGCUAAGGCUGGUUGUGGGGGGCUGGCCCCUCCGGCCUUUGGAGUCCUGCCUGGGCACAUCUGAGCUUUGGCCAGGGAUUGAGUUGAGCCCCCGUCUUGUUUACGUGGCUGAAGUCCAGAGUGGGGCCCGUGCACAUCUGCUGUGGGCACGGGGCUGCUGGCGGUCUGGGGGGCUCCGGCGGGGGUCAGAGCUGGGCUGAGAGCAGGCGGAGCCCGGCAUCCUGGACUUGGGCCUUGGAGGCGUGGGACCACCACCUCUGCCCAGUCGGUGCCCGGCAGCCUUCUCCGUCCUUCCUCCGGGCCAUGUGCUCUGCUGUCCGCUUCCUGUGCCAUGUCGGGGGCCACUGCCACUGGAGGCUCCUGGACCUGCCACCAGCCCUGGGGUGGCAUCUCCAAUGUGGUCCCUAGAGUUCUGACCAGACCUGAAUCCUGGCUGGUCCCCUGUGCUGUUGUGUGGACCGAGGCCUUCGCUGUGAAAUGCAGUGUUUCGUACAGUCCCGUCCCUCCUAGUGCAUGAGAAAUAAAGAGUAUUUAAGUAAAGAGGCAGGUGGGGUCUCUGUGGGGAGAGGGGCAGCCGGGCAGGCGGCUGAGGUCAAGCCAGGAGCACUGUGGAGGGAAGGACGGGGUUCUUAGGGGCGCGACGGGGCCUGGCCGAGGUGUGUGCUCGUGCACAGGAAGCUGUGGGAGGAGAGGAGGCCCGUGGGGGGACCCGUGUGCCAUCACAGGCCUCAUCCAGCCGUCCCCUCUGCAGGGGACACAUCGACUGUGGCCCCAUGGCACCGCCCGGAGAGGUGGGACUGCGCUUACAAGCAGACCUGGGCCGUGGGCCUCCCACUCUGACGCCCGCACGUUCGGGGCGCUUGUUUAAAAUGCCAUUUCCAGGCCCCCCUCCCCCUCCGAUCCCCAUUCAGUGAGUGGAAGGUGCAGCGUGGAAAUGGAACCAGCUCGGCUUCUGUCCCGUGUGUAACACAACUUCUGGAGCACCCGCAGGGAGGGACGUGAGAGUGCCCUGUGCCGGGCAGGGUCCUGGGUCGGCACCGAGAAGCCUGUCGCUGCUGCUGAGUGGGGCGAAGGACAGGCCGGCUCUUUCGGAAGCAAUUAGCCCUAGAACAGCGUGAUCCGAGUAAUUGAAGGCCUGGUGAAAGCUGGCUUCCGCCUCCCCUCUCGUCAGCUCGCUUGGCCCAGCUGCUGCGUCUGUGCCAGCCGCCUCCUGGCAUGACACUCGCCCAGUGUCCCCGGGCAGAGGCUCUCCUCGUGCCCUCGCCUCCGGAGGGCCCCUGGAGGGCCGGGCCUGCUCCUGGCCAAGACCCAGGGUCCUCCCGUCUGCAGAAGGCUUCUCUUGUCGGUUUCUUGUAGCCGACAUUUCAGAGCCGCGUCAGGGCUGGCUGAGGAGCUAGAGGCUGUACAACUCUGGCUGGUUUCUGUUGGGGAAACAGCAGGUGCAAGUGGCCUGUGGCAGAACCAGGACCGGAAGCCAGGGGAGCUCAGCAUCCAGGCUCCUCCACCCCACCUGGGCCCCCUCUGCCUGAAGGACGCUGCUGUUCCAGGGCGAAGGGAACUCCUUUCCAGGGAGUUCCACACAUUUAAUAAUAAAAACGCGCUCUGUCUUCUCUUCGUUUGCAAAACAAGGGAGCAGCAGGAUUAGAGGAUCUUUCUAGAAGGUCCCUUGGAAGGAAGAAUUGCCUGCUUCCUGUGCCAGCAUCAGGACAGCAAGGACUCCAUAGUCACUCACUGAGUUUGUCGUGUGAUAGAACCCUUCAUGCCAUUUUCUCGUCCUUUGUACCGUCUCCUCGGUGUGUGCUGAGACCCAGACCCGAGAAUACUACCGAUUCCAAGAGUUUCUUAGCAAGCUCCCCACUAUUUUUUUUAAAACAAUUUGCUUCUGGAUUUUUUAUUUUUUUUAUUUUUGGUUCUCUGAAAUCUCUUUCAAACAUUUAUUAGGAAUAUUUUUAAAACAGUAAGGCCUUAAUAUUUUUUCCUGCCUUGUAAGAAGAUAAUUUUCACCCCAGAAAUUGGAAAAUAUACAAAAAUUGGAACAACAACAACAGCAAAAAGCCCACUGGUUGACUAAUAGCAACAAACAUUUGCUGAUCAUCUGCAUGCCUGCGAUCUGUGUUUUAAAAUAUAUUUAUACAUAUCUUUCAGUUAUUUUUAGAGAAGGUAUUUCUGAGUUGAGAUAUAUGUAUAAUUUUGUGGUUGUCAAAUACUUUAACAGAUCUUUCCGUAUUUCAUUAAAGUAUUUAUAAACAUAAAUCCAAAUUCCUGUUCACUGGCCUAUGGUGAGCCUCACCAUCACUUGCCAUCAUAGCUCUUUUUGGUUGAGAACUAUGGCCCAAUGUUGUGAGUGACUUCACUCUGGAGCCACACCCUGCUUUCUGGCUGUGUGACCUUGGGCAAGUUACUCUCCCUCUCUGUGCCUCCAGGGCGCUGGGGAGGAUCCAAGUGCCCUGGCUUCUCUCCAGGGGGCAGGGCCUACGUCUGUCCGUCGGAGGCCUGGGAAAUGGUGAAGACCUGAAAGAAAAGCUUUGGGGGCUGCAGAAUAGGAAACGGACAAUGUCGCAAUUGACAAGUGUUUCAGUGCCUUCUGAGCGCUGAGCUGCAUGUCAACUUUAAUCUUUGUUAAGUUCGGUAUCCACAGAAAUGUCAUAUUUGAAAACAAUUUGUAAAUUGGGUUUUUGGCAAGAGUUCCAGACUGCAGGAUGAUGGAAGAGCAAUCCUAAGACCAAAAAAGAAAAAUAAAUCCUAGCCAAUAGUAAACUAAACGAGUUACUCAUCGUCAAGUAAUUUCAAAAGCAAAUUCAUAAAAGCCCUUGUACGUUGAAAGCCAAGAAGAGUUCUAUUUAAUGAGGGAAUGUGGGUACAUUUUAACUCUGUUCCCAGGAGGGUGGGGCCGAGGGGAAACUGGGGCAGGGUCUGUGGAGGGCUGAC